UGGAACACUACACAACCCAGCAUAUAUACAUACAUGAGAAAAUUCACGUUUUAACCUGUACAUGCCGGCCGGCAGGAAAAAAUUUUCGAUCAAAUUAUUUAAGACGUGUAGAUUCUCGCAUUUGCUGCAAUUUAUUUAAUGAGUGAAUAGUGUUGAAAACAAAUAAUCAAUAUGGAUAAAGAUUUGAAACCAGUGGAAAACAAUAAAGAGUUUGCUGUUGUAAAGUUCCUGCAAUCAGAAAAUGAAUUAGAACAUUUUUCAGAAGUCCUCGUUAAGUGGCUACGUUUUUUUGAAGAUGACAAGAAAAGAAUGAUUUAUAAGUGUUGGUGGCCUCCUAAUAUUAUGAAUGUUACAUCGUUAAUUCUAAAGAAAAGUGAUCACGAUCCUGCAUUGUGGUCAUUAUUGGAAGUCGACAUUGCCAAAUUCUGCUUUAGAAAAAUGAUGAAGGUGAGAGAUGUGAGUUCAAAUCAAAGAGUUUCUUAUAAUUCAGAUGAAGAUCAAGAGAGAUCUGUGCUCACAUAUCUACCAAGCGAACCCGACUUCAAUACUGAAGUGAUAUGUUCACGUGGAAAAAAUUUAUCAAAAGAUUCAACAAAACAGUUGAGCAUUCAUACAGACGAUAUGAAUCAGUUACCUGAUAGUAGAAAUCUUGGUGAUAUUGAGAAGCUGCAAAACUCUUUGGAUCAAACGAAUCGUACAUGUGCACACUUACGUCUAGAAGUAAAAGAUUUAAAGAGAAGAUUCGCCCUAUUGGAGCAAGGAAACCAUCAGAUGUUAGUGUACAAUGAUUUAGAAACAAUUAAAGCGUUGCUACCGCUUAAAAAAGUAUCACACGUGGAUCAAUUCAAUAAAAAGCUGAAAAAUUCUCCAGAAACCAAGUUGCUUUUAGAGAAAUACAUCCAAGGCAUUGGAGGAGCCUCAGCAAAGGACAAUAUUUAUAAUGUUCUAAAAGCUACUUUAUCGAACAGGUGCUGCAAGCACUAUACCUGUAAGGGAAUGAAAGAUAAACCAGCAGCAUCAAAGUUGAGACUGAUGACUUAUAUUAAAUAUUUUGAAACAAGCAUGCCGUUUGAAAAUAUAAUUAUUUGCUUCAGUAACGUCAUACCGUCUGUUAUUAUAAUAAUUAAAAAAAAUUUUAUAGCGCUAAUUUGCUCUUCUCACCCGUCUCUAAAAGAGGCUGAUUUCGAUACUAUAGCGGCCGAAUGUUUUCAGGUAUCUAUACAGCGCUACAAAAGAGAAAAAUUCAAGAAACAAAAAGAUGCAUUACGUGAAAUGGAAAUUGAAGAAUAAUUCCUUUUAGUGCUACAGAAGAGAAAAAUCCAAGUAGUUUUUUUUUGUAAUUUUUACACUUUCAGAAAACGUAAAAAUACAUUACGUGAAAUGCAAAUUAUAAUUUUUCCUAGAGUUACAAAAGAGAAAAAUCCAAGUAGGUCUUUUUUUGUAAUUUUUCCAUUUUCAAAAUACGUAAAAAUGCAUUAUGUAUAAUGGAAAUUAAAGGAUAAUCUCUCUCUAUGUAUAUCAUUCACGAUUCUGAUUAUUUUUCCACUAAUUAAAAUUAUACUUACAUUUAAGAAAAAAUAAAAUUGUUUAAAA